UGUGAUGCCCGCCGGGCCUUCAUAUCGGGCUUCGAUGGCAGCGCCGGCACUGCUUUAAUCACCCAAAAAGAGGCGCUUCUCUGGACGGACGGCCGUUACUUCCUUCAGGCGGAGAAACAGUUGGACCACAACUGGGCUUUGAUGAAAGACGCCAUUCCAGGGACACCGACUCAGGGCGAGUGGCUGUGCAAGAAGCUCCCGUCCGGGAGUCGAGUCGGUGUCGACCCCUUUGUGAUAUCAUACGAAACGUGGAAACCAUUAGCCGCUCAGUUAGAGUCGGCCGGCCAUACAUUAGUGCCAAUCAAUGACAAUCUCGUGGACGAGGUGUGGGAUAACAGACCGUCGCCGCCAAAUAAAACGGUAGACCCUUUGCCUUUGGUUUUCGCGGGAAAGGGUUGGAGGGAUAAGAUCGUCGAAAUCAGACAAGAGAUGAUCAAUAAGGGAGCGACAGCUCUGGUUGUGACAGCACUCGAUGAGAUCGCAUGGCUUUUCAAUCUGAGGGGAUCUGAUAUUGAAUUCAAUCCUGUUUUCUUCGCGUAUUCAGUGAUAACUCUCGACAACAUAUAUUUAUUUAUCGAUGAAAAUAAGUUGAGUCCCGAGGCGUCCAAACACUUACAAAUCGAUGUUUCAUUGAAUCAUCAAAACUCAGGCCUUAGUAUUGAGUUACGUCCGUAUAGAAUGAUCAAAGAGUUUCUCAAGUGGUUGAUCAGUCAACUGCCCGGAAAGAUAUGGAUAAGCCAUAAGUCGAGCUAUAGUCUAGUCAGUGUUGUACCAGAAAUGCGAAGAAUUGAGUCCUUAAGUCCCGUUCAGCUGAAGAAAGCGGUCAAGAAUUCCGUUGAAAUCGAAGGAAUGAAAAGAUCACACAUCAAAGAUGCUGUCGCUUUGUGCGAGUUCUUCGCGUGGCUCGAAGAGGAGGUGCCAAAAGGGGACGUCAAUGAGUUGUCUGCCGCUGAAAAACUGGAGGAGUUUAGAAGAGCACAAGAAGACUAUAUGGGUCCGAGCUUUGAGACUAUAUCGGCUUCGGGACCCAAUGCUGCUAUCAUUCACUACCGUUCCACUGAAGAGACAAACAGACCCAUCACUGCGGAUGAGAUAUACUUAUGUGAUUCUGGGGCGCAAUACAGGGACGGGACGACAGAUGUGACGCGAACCAUACAUUUGGGAACGCCGUCCAACUUCGAGAAGGAAUGCUUCACUCGUGUAGUCAAAGGCCAUAUAGCGCUGGCGUCCGCUAUAUUCCCACAACUAUUGAAGGGGCAAAUGUUAGACACGUGCGCCCGCAAGGCAUUAUGGGAUGUGGGACUCGACUAUUUGCACGGAACGGGCCAUGGGGUCGGUAUGUUUUUGAACGUACACGAGGGUCCUAUGGGCAUCAGUUAUAGACCAUAUCCCGAUGAUCCGGGUCUCGUGGAGGGCAUGAUUCUGUCGAAUGAGCCCGGAUUUUAUGAAGAGGACAAGUUUGGGAUUAGGAUUGAAAAUCUUGUGCUCAUAAAAAAGGCAAACACUAAGUACAAUUUCCGAAAUAGAGGUUAUCUUACAUUUGAAACAAUAACUCUUGUGCCCAUUCAGACAAAACUUCUUCAGCCAUCACUGCUAACCAGUGAGGAAAUCUCAUGGCUUGAUAAUUAUCAUCAGACAUGUCGUGAUAUUGUUGGUAAAGCUCUUGAAGAACAAGGAAAGAGUAGUGGUCUUCAAUGGCUUCUGAGAGAAACCCAACCAUUGGGUUGAUUACAGCCAAUGACUGAAUUAAUUGUUAUGUAGUAUUAGAUCUCCGCUUGAAUUAAAGCAAAGAAAGUGCCAAAGCCUUCGAUGUCUUCAAAUGCCUGCAAAUGGUUCUUGAAUUGUCUAAAUCAUUGUCCGACGAAUAGAUUAGUUUAGGUUUCAAAUG